CCAAAAUGGCUUAGUUUUCCUGUGUUGUGCACAUCUCUCAUUUGCUGUAUCGGACUCACUUUGGAAGUGUACCAGCCAUACAGCUCGUCUCAUCUCAUCUCACCCAACCAUUCUCAGCCGUUCGUCAUAGGGAAGGAGGAGAAAAAGAACGGAUUGAUCACCAUCAUCAUCAUCAUCCUAUGGUGUCUGUGAACCCUCCAUCAGAGGGAUUUUUCUUGGACCCUUUGGGGAUGGCUCUUCCUGGCCUCGGCUCCAUCACCACCACCACCACCAAUACCAGCACAGCUCCUGCAUCUGAAGAUCCCAACAAGAAGAUCAGAAAGCCAUACACCAUCACCAAAUCCAGAGAGAGCUGGACUGAACAGGAGCAUGAUAAGUUCCUUGAAGCUCUCCAGCUCUUUGAUCGUGACUGGAAGAAAAUCGAGGCAUUUGUCGGCUCAAAGACAGUUAUUCAGAUACGUAGCCAUGCACAGAAGUACUUCCUGAAGGUUCAGAAGAAUGGGACGAGUGAACAUGUGCCACCCCCUCGGCCAAAAAGGAAAGCAGCUCAUCCUUAUCCGCAGAAGGCCUCUAAAAAUGCUCCUCUGCCUGCACAAGCUGCCAUCCCAUUUCAAUCUUCAUCCUUUCUGCUUGAACCGGGUUUUGCUCUCAGGACAGAUUCAUCUUCGAUGCUUAGGAACUCUACCACAGGUGCAGCUGUGUCUUCCUGGGCCCACAAUUCUGUUCCGCCACUCAGCGUAUCACAUGUGACGAAAGAUGAUAUGGGGCCUGCGGGGCCUACAGUAGUAAAUAAUUGCUGCUGCAGUAGCACUGAAAGCCCUACUGGGACAUGGCCAACUUGUGAAGCAACCGAUCAUGGGAACCAUGGUGCACCACUUCGAGUUAUGCCAGACUUUGCUCAAGUAUACAGCUUCAUUGGCAGUGUCUUUGACCCAAACACAAGUGGUCAUUUGCAGAAACUGAAGGAGAUGGAUCCAAUUGAUGUUGAAACAGUGUUGUUGCUGAUGAGAAACCUCUCUAUCAACUUGUCAAGCCCUGAUUUUGAGGAUCAUAGGAGGUUGCUCUCGUCAUAUGAGGUUGAAUCCGACGAAGCUAAAUCCGGUAAUGCAAACAAGCCCCCCCAUGCCGAUGAGUCUGAGAAGACUCCUUCCAGGCCAAAGGAGAACGAUCACUAAGGUCCUAUAUCAAAGACGCUUUAACUGCCAAACAUAUCACGUAUUGUAUAAUAGGCUUCCAUUGGCUGCAACCUUUUUCAAAUGGAGAAUGCUACCGCCAUUUCUGCUGUCAUUUUUCUCAAAGAGAGUAGCUUUAGAAAUCCAAUGAUAGGAUGUGGUGUGAGCUCUUCGGCGCGUGACUAUGGAGGUUACCUGUACAGGGAUUUGUGUUUGUGUUUCAAGCUCGAGUCUUUUUUUACUGUAUCGUUGUAAGGUUUAUGUAAAUGGAUGAUGGGUUUUGUUCAAGAUCUUGGCUAAUACAUGUGAGGUGUUUAUUGUA